CAAGUCAACGAACCGAUGAACUUGGCGGUUUCGCUAAUUUAUUAGAUAAAAAAUACAGAAAUGCCUCCCAAGAAGCGUGAUAAAGAUAGUGAAACAACUAAGAACUCCAAAAUUGACCACUUACAAGCUGACCAUGAGUUAUUUUUGCAAGCGUUUGAAAAGCCGACACAAAUAUACAGAUUCCUCCGAACACGAAACAUGCUGUCGCCGAUAUUCCUCAACAGAACUUUGUCGUAUAUGAAGCGUAGGAUGUCGAGAAGUAAUAAGAGCCGUGUCGGCUUCAAAGUGGACUCGCUUCUUGAGAAGAUAACCUUAAAGAAGAGCACUGAACUGCAACCAAACAGUCUGGGAGGUUAUAUGACUCUCACAUUUCUAGGAUUUUAUGAUAAGAGUCUGGAGGACCCUAGAGACUUUCAAGUGAAAGUGGAGACAUUGUUGCUGAAGAUAUGCCACAAAAAGAGGAAAGAAAGUUCCUCAGCUAUUGUUGAAGUUUCUGUUGGUAGUUGUUCGGUCCCCCUCAACCCAUCCACAUCAGAGCCUCCAGCAAUGGCAUCUGCAGUAAGCAUUUCAAGCGACACAUUCAGCCCGUCUCAGGGUCCCAACGUGAAGUCCUACAUGCUAAUGCUGCGAGUGACUGUCACCAGGGCUUCCACCAACACUGCCAAUGGUGCUGGGACUAGUGAAAUUACUAAUGGUGAUUGUGAUGAGCCCGUAACAAAACGCCUGAAGUCAUCAUCGGAUCUCAACUCAACACCAGAAAAUAAAUGGAGCAAGCUUUACGGUAGUGAGCUGAUAGUGUAUGACAAACACAAUCGCUGUCUGCUUACCAACGGAGAGUAUGACCUGGUGCUACAUGACGCUACUCCUGGUGGCAGAAGUGCUACCAUAGCCCGCUCGCCGCAUAAAGCGCUCAUGGCGCAGUGGGAGACUAUACCUAAUGAAAACGACAUACAAACAGAAUCAAAUCCAUUCGACGUGUUCAAAGUGCGACCUCUCCUGAAACUCAAGUUGAGUUGGAGUCAAGAGCCCACCAAUGGUUUGGUGAACCGACCCAAGUUGUACCAACAAACUAGCGAUACUAAUGGCGUCAAGAAGGAAUCGAGCAAAGAAAAGUCCUCACUGCAGAAAAGCGGCUCUAGUGAUAGUAAAAAUGGCGACAAAUCCAAGUGCGACGGGGACGAGAGUAAGAGGCAACAGAUAAUCUACCAGUUCCUGUACAACAACAACUCGCGGCAGCAGACGGAGGCCUGCGACGACCUGCACUGUCCGUGGUGCUCCCUCGACUGCGGGACCCUCUACUCGUUGCUCAAACACCUCAAACUCUGCCACUCCAGGUUCAACUUCACUUACUUUCCAAUACCUGGAGGAGCGCGCAUAGACGUGUCUAUCAACGAGUUGUACGAUGGUUCGUAUACAGGGUCGCCUCAUGACUUGAUUGCGGCGCAGGGACGAGGCAGUGGCACAGGGCCCCGAGCCGGGCCGACGCGCAGGACGUCUCUCACGCACGUGCUGGUGUGGCGGCCGCGCGCGCGGCGCCGUCUCCAGAAGCACAGCCUCGCGGAGUUCUUGGAGCUGGACGACAACGAGGUCGGGGAGGCGCAGCGGCCCUACCUUACUGGACAUAACAGACUUUAUCAUCACACGAUAACCUGCCUGCCUGUCUACCCUAACGAGCUGGACAUAGACUCGGAGAGUGAGACAGACCCUCUGUGGCUGCAACAAAAAACUAUGAUGAUGAUAGACGAGUUCACCGACGUCAACGAAGGUGAAAAGGAACUCAUGAAAAUGUGGAACCUUCACGUCAUGAAGUACAACUACGUCGGUGACUGUCAAAUACCAAUCGCUUGCCAAAAGUUCCUCCAAAUGAAGGGCAAGGAACUACUAGAGAAAAACUUGUAUAGGAACUUUAUACUCCACAUGUGUUCAUUGCACGAUUUCGGGUUGCUGAGCCCGGUCGUGCUGUACCAAACUGUUCAAAUGCUCAACCAAAUGUUAGCGGACAACGCGGAGGCCAAAGAGAAGAUGAGGGAGUCGUUGAAGGCCCAGAGGGAACACUGGCACGCCGUGGGUAAGUACCAGCAGCCGGUCGUAAUCGAACAGAAGCCCCAGGUGGCCACCGCCAAGUUGAACAACGCCGAGGCCUCGCCCUCGGUCAGGAGAAAGACGUCCAAUCUUCAAAACGCUAACAGGAUGGCUAGUAACUUCAAUAAGUCUGCCAGCCCGGCGCCCGGCGUCGUCGACACUAAGCGCAAGAUGUCGUCUGGCAGCAUACAGAGCCGCAAGCGCUCCUCUAUAUCAGAGCGCAAGAGCUCUGUAUAGCGCAUGCGUAGCACCCGCGGACCCAAAACUUCAGAGUCCCCCGACUCUCUCUAGAACAAUUUUUUUAAUGAUCUUAUCCACGUUUAUUGCAUAAUUGUUGUAAUUGGCGCCAUAUCAAUUGACUUUUUUUUAUUUUUUUAUUAUCGUAAAUCUUCUUGUGAUUAGGUAAUAUAAUUUCGUUACUGCCCAUAUUUUAUAAUAAGCAUUCACGCAAAGUCCAUUAAAUGGAUGUUGAUAGUUAAGUUUCUAAAUUAUGCCGUAGGUAUUUACUUCCUGCUUUUAAUCUUCAAUGUGGAACUUCAUGCGACUCUUUGCUUAGUAAAUUACCGAAAUGUAUUAUUAUUUGCUGAAACCAAAAUGACUGUCAAUAUGAGUGUUGUCGUGUGUAGAUUUUUUACUCAGAUACAAGUGAAAGUUGGAUGAAUAAAAUGACCAGCAGACCUAGCACGCUAUGUAAGCGCGACGCGACACGACGCGAAAUAAAAUAAGGUCCUUGGUACACGCGACCACCGGGACAUCCGCGAUUUAAAAAAAUAGUUUAUUUAGGUAAAAACUUAGACAUUAAUAUGUCGCACUCCAAAUGAAAUAUCUUAUUUUUGUAUAUUGCUUAUAGAAGAGCUAAGAGAAAGAAAGAACAGAUACCAGUUUUCAUAAGAAAUGAGAAAGUUGAUAGUUGUUGAUACAUACAUACAUACAUAAACUCACGCCCGUAAUCCCUAAUGGGGUGGGCAGAGCCACAAGUAAUCAAAGACAACUUGCAGCCACUGUUCAUACGAAGUCCUAAGCUGGAUAUGAUGAACCUUAUGGUGAUAAGGGAUCAGCCUAUCGCCCAUAACAUUAGUCCAUUAUGUUAGAGGACACAAUCCCUCUGUCGGUUUUUACGACAUGCCCGGGAAGACAAGCAGCUGAACGUGUUCUAUGUUUUUUAUUUGCUCCCAGAACAGCAUAGAAGCCUAGUUGUUGAUCAUUUUUGUGAAAUUGUGUGACACUCUUUUCAUAUCGUCGCGUGAACGAGGAACCUUAACUCGACUGUCAAAUUUGACAACUCGCUUUGACAUUUACUCGCUUUCCUCGCGCAGUUAGCGUACUAGGCCUGCAGGGUGCUUUAAAAGCCCACAUUCAAAUAAUUCACGUAAAAAAAGCAACAUUGUUAUUUGAUAUUUCUUGACAUUGCGCACUCAAUUUAACCUUUUUAAGGCCGAGAUUGCCAGACACAAUAGUUAAACAAUGAAGUUUGGGUUUAAAAAGGACUUUCGGUCUUAGGACUUUAAUAUGCGCAAAUGUCAAAUUGCAAUGUUGCUUUUUAAAUGAAUUGCUUCGAUAUGGCCUUUUUAAGCACCCAGAGCAUGUAAUUGACGUAUAAACUGUGAUUUAUCAAUCAAAAAAAAAAACUGAAAUCCGUAAAAUAAUUAAAACACAUAAUAACGGGUUCUUACCGCGUUUAAAUGGGGAUAUGAGACUCCCGAUAUUAAGAACCCGUAAGCACCCGUAAGAACCCGUUAUUAUGUGUUUUAAUUAUGAUAAUAACCGCGUAAACUUAAAACAAUCCGUAAAAUGUUCACUUAACUCAAAAUAAUAGGGUAUACUGUUAGUUGUAGUCGAAACAAACUGUGUUUAGGCUAGCAAUAAUUGUAACAACGAUACCUCAUUGGUUAGAAAUGAUUUUGAUAGCGUCGCGCGUCGUGACUCGUAUAGCUAGUUUUUUCAUAGUAAUAACAGUAAAAUAAGUGAAUUUAAGCAAUGUCAUAGAAUAACGAGUAAUACUACGUGUAGAGCAACUUUCGCAGAGGCCGGUCAUAGGAUGGGUGACCACAAAAAAAAAAAAGUUUUCAUCUCGAGCUCCUCCGUGCUUCGGAAGGCACGUUAAGCCGUUGGUCCCGGCUGCAUUAGCAGUCGUUAAUAACCACCAAUCCGCACUGGGCCCGCGUGGUGGUUUAAGGCCCGAUCUCCCUAUCCAUCCAUAGGGAAGGCCCGUGCCCCAGCAGUGGGGACGUUAAUGGGCUGGUGAUGAUGAUGAUGACUACGUGUAGAACGGCAAGUCUCCGCUCCUCACCAGCGGCUGAGCUAGGUUUAUAAACCCCCCCCCCCCCCCCCCCCCUCCGGUCUUACCUUCAAACGUAUGGCCGACACACAGAUGCGCGUGUACGAUAACUCAAUGUGGAGCGUCUGUGUAAAACAACGUGUUUUGUAUGAAGUGUCCGGAGUGUGGUAACGUGUAGUGAAUGCGUCACUUGGGUACAAGCCUGACUCGCUAUUUGUAGUAGCUUACAGUGCAGGAUAUUUGGAUUGAACAGUUAUUUGGUAGCCACGCCUACACUUGACAUCCCUUUUCACAUUAGACGUAUAUUAGCGAGCGAUAGUGGGCGUUACACGGCCUACACGAUCAAUUGUAAUGGAUUCCAGACUGACUUUUAGUCGCUAUGUGAAUCGUAAUCUCAUAAAUUAUGGUUUGGCACACCAAAAGGUGAGAAGAACGCAAGUCCGCUUUCAAACAGCGAUGCGGUGUGACACACUUCAUAUAUAGUUUCUUGUAUUACAACAUGCACGGACCCGCACUCAGGGUGGUAUUAAUAAACUAAUCUCAGCUGAGACUGCCCUUAAGAUCAUGCUCAAGUCCCUGUUUUUAUAUAAGAACUGUCACAUUGACAUGAUCUUGAGAGCAGUCUCAAAGCUGAGAUUAGUUUAUUAAUACCAGCCUUAAACUACGCAGUUUCUGGCCUGCAUUUGGUAACGCAUGCGUUUCCGGCCAAGUAGUUAAUACUAUCUGCGGCAAAUCUACUAUAAGUCACGUCAAAAAAAGGUAACGCAUGCAUCUACGACAAUAUCAAUGUGUAGUGUGCCGAAGGUUUUUGGACAAUUAGUUCUUGAUUCUACUAUUAGGCACCGUUACAAAGGCAAACUGGAUUAACAGGCCACGAUCGAAUAAUUUCAUAUAAACGACACCCUUUUGGCGAUCAAAUGCAGUAAAAGCCAUUUGUGCAAAAAUCUACUGUAAACUCACAUUUGCACACUUUCUUUUGCGACGGAAAAUUCCACUUGAUAUCAACUCGGAAUCAUUCUGAAUCAUGCCUCACAGCUCAAUCUAAGUAAGGGCGCAUACAGACCAUGGACGAUGGUAUCGACGGCGUCUGAUUUUAGUUUCAUAUAAGUAAUUGUGCUGCUCGGAAGGCACGUUAAGCCGUUGGUCCCGGUUACUACUGAUAUAAGUACGUACCUAGUCGUUACAUGAGCCAUGUCAGGGCCCUUUAGCGGCUCAAUAGUACGUUACGAUGUCACUGACACCUUAGUGAUGUUGGUUGCUGAGUUUUACUUUCAUAAAGAGUCUAGAGGCUCUACGUGACUUAUGUGGUUACCUUUACACCCGUGAAUGUAAUAAAUCUGAAUCGUGACCAUAGAUCGUGAGUCAGGGCACAUCGUGUAACGGCUGUCUUAGUAGACUGUUUUUGAUACUUUAUAUUUUUACAGUCGCGUUGACAAUGAACCGACAACAGUCCACCCGUCGCUUAGGCGCAGAUAUUGGACAUUUUCCAUACGUCUAUUGUAUGGGUGUUUUCGCACAACAUCGAAUCCAAGUCUGCCCCGAGACUGAAUGACGGAUCUGAAGAGGUCGUAGGACUAUAUGAAUGGUAGCUCAUGCACUGCAUCCGAUAUCUCUAAGAAAUUGUCUACUAUCCGUCAUUUAUAGGCUCGGAUAGGUUUCGGAUUGUAUGUAGUGUGAAAACGCUCUAACGGUUAAAUCGUUCUGUCCGCCAUUGGUGUCGAUUCCGGCAACAACAAACUUUAACUUGACGACUAAAACUAGCUGUAUCUCGUUCUUGUACGUAUUGUAAGUGAAGGACGGCACUAAUUUAAGCGUUGUCAAAGCUAAAGCUAGGUUAAGUUGGUGUGCGUCCGAAUAGCCCCUUUGGCUGCGCCUUAACCUUAACACACGCUGCGAAGUAGAAUACGAACACAAAUACAACUCACCCUUAAAUGGUGCUCUUAUUGAUACUACUCGUAAUCAGUAGCUAUAUCGGUAUAAUGUGAACACGGUCAAAUAUUCGUGUGUUUUUAUAUGAAUUUUAUACCUAUACCAGAUAAGAUAUUCGAGUUAGGUAUAGUCAUAGCAGUGAUAUUUUCAUUUUCAAAACGUAGGGCAUUGACGCACAAAAGGCAUUGUGAUAUCUAAAGGCGAGCUUAAUGAAAUUAAAGAAUGCCCGAGUUCAGCGUUUGACAUAAUAUAACAUCGCGCAUGUCACCUGACACCUAUACUCCUCGCUAGCUAUGUUAUUUCCGGCCAAGUAGUUAAUGCCAUCUGCGGCAAAUCUACAAUAAGUCACGUCAAAAAAAAAAGCUAGCUAUGUUUUAAGUUCCAUGUAAUAAGGGGUGAGCUUAUUGCCAUUAACCUCUCAUAUGCCGAGAUACCAGACACAAUAGAUUUUACAUUGUGUCUGGUCGAGAUCCGCGUUCCGGCGUUCGAAAGAUUAACCUGACAAAAAUCGUGGAAACCACGCGAUAUCAAUUAUAUAUGAUCCAAACAUGAAUUCCAACUUAAUGGUUUAGAGCCCCAACCGGGAUUCGAACCCGGGACAGUACGAUGUAAGUCACGCGAACAGGGGUAUCCCGUGAUAGCCUGCAUGCGCGUACAUAACUCCGUAGUUAUGCGCACGGAAUUAAUUUUCUCCAUUCCGACCGCUCGUAUAAUUUAUUCUUCUUCUUCAUCGUUCCCUCACUGCUGAGGAUCGCGACCACAGGUUAUGGUUUUCCACUCGGUACGGCUAUAUGAUGCGUGGACCGCCCUCUGUAUGCUGCCGCCCACCGUCUCCUUCAGGAUGUCAGACCACCUCGUAGGCCCUUCCUCGCGCACGUUUGCCAUCCAUUUGCCCAACGAUGAUUUGCUUCUCCAGACUGUGCUUCGGAGACCGCGUAAUAUAUGUCCGAAGAAGUUUAGGGCACGAUUCCGGCAUAUUGAGGAGAGCCGCGUCCUGAUCUUGAGCUCUUUUAAUAUUUUAAUAUGCGUAGCAACCUACGCCAAUAUAAUUUAUUCGCAUAACAGUUAAUAAUAUAAGCGGACAAGUGUAGGUGUGGUUUGAGUCGGUAUUAGACACCUCUAAUAAACCUUCAUAAGACUGCAGACUCAUUGCCUUAAGUAAUCAGUUGAAUAUACAGUCGUUUAUAAAUAAGACAAAUUUCGAAGCUCCCAACUCUCGAUUGAGCUUACAAAUUACAUUACAAAUAGCAAUAAUACAUUUUAAACUUUUAAUGUAUUCUUUAAUAAAAAGUGCUAAUGAUUUUUUGUGACAAGCCCUUAACAGACUGUUAACUAUUGUAAGUGGUACAAUAAAUAAGUUUUACAUUUAGUUAUGUAUUGGUGCUGAUUUCAGCAGUCACCUAAUUUUAAUUUAAGUUAUACCUGUCACUUUCUUAUCCGCUGAAAUAGAAAGGGACGGGUAAACGACAGGCAUAAAAUUUAUGGAACACAUGUCAGAACUUGAAAAACGCUCUCAAAAUUGUAUACUGGCCAAUAACCCGGCAGAAUUAAGUUGACAGCACAAGUCAAUUGAGUUGCAUAUCAGUGAGAUUCCUAUUACUCAUUGCUUUUAAAAUUAACAAUUGUCAAUCGUUCGUCCCUUUGCUUUUCUGCGGAUAAGAAAAUGACUGGUAUAACUUAAAAUAAAAUUAGGAGGCGUCUGCAUGGAUCGGGGCCUUUGUGCUUACGUUUAUCGUAUUUUAUGUACUCUUACAGCUACUUGAUUAAUUUUGAAUGUUAUUUUUAUAUUGUUCCGAUUUGACUUACGUUCAGUAAAUUACUUGUACUUAUGAAAUGAAAUAUACCAAUUAUUUUCAA